AUGCUCUUCACACUUGCUCUGCUGUCUCAAUCUAAUGUAAAAACCGGAAUAGACAGCUCGAACUCGACCACAUCAAGCGAUGGUCCCACUUUGGUUUCGCUGGUUUAUCACUACAACCCGAGCAAGCCCGUUGCAGUCGUCGCUGGGGCUCUCUAUGCAAUUGCUGCCAUCCUGCUCUUCGUGCGGCUCUAUCGAGCUCGAAGUUGGUGGGGUCUCUGUCUUCCUAUUGCCGCUGCUGUGAUGUCUAUCGGCUUCUUCCUGCGCGUCCCGAUGGCUCUGAACCCCAACAGUCUCGGAAUAUUCUUGAUGCAAGAUUUGUUCAUCAUCCUCUCACCAGCCGCGUUCCUGGCGUUCAACUACAUGCUGUACGGCCGACUUCUCACUCGCUGUAUCGACCCAAAGCACUCGUGGAUCCGGCCUCAGAGAGUCGCCCGCAUAUUCUUGAUAAGUGAUUUUCUGACGUUUAACAUUCAGGGUGAUGGAGGUGGGCUUCAGGGGUCUAGAAACUCGACUUUGAAGACAGUUGGCGGCCUCAUCCUACUAGUUGGUCUCAUUCUGCAAACACUCUCAUUUGCCUUCUUUAUCGUCCUCGUUAUUCAUGCGCAUAGGAGUCUGCAAAAAGAGAAUAUCAAAGUAUCAGACCACCGCUGGGGAACGUUGUUCAAGCUGAUCUAUUUUUCGUCGUUCUUUUUCCUGCUGCGCUGUGUGUAUCGCACCAUUGAGUAUGGACAAGCCCAAGGUGGCACCGGAUAUUUACAGGAUCACGAAGUCUUUUUCUAUGUCCUCGAUUCACUGGCCUUGCUCGUCGGCAUAUCUGCUUACAUUGGCUUCUGGCCAGAUAAUUAUCUGCCUCAGGAGGUUCCGACAUCGUCUUCCCAGGUUCUGCUGAGAGAAAUCGCCUGA